UCUUCCCGCAUUCGCUCCACAUCUUCCUCGCAAUACCUGCUAAUAUUUCACAGUCAUUUUGACUUUCCUCUCAAUAUCCAUUGCUUCGCAGUCGUUUCAGCUCCGCCUCAAAAUGAUGAAGUUUUUGAUGUCCUUCAUCAUGCUAGUUGCUUUUGCACAUUUUGCUUCCGCCAUCCAACCAUUCCGUUGCGGCAAAAAAACCUUGUUUCCUUUUCCAACAUGCGGUUUUGUAGAUCGGGGAAUGUAUCACUUGGACGUUACCUCGAUCACUAAAUCUACGUGCGCGGAUGCCCAGCUCUGUUAUUGUUGCAAAGUCAAAUAUGAGGUGGAUCACUGGAAGACUACCGACUCAACUACUUAUGACGCAGAGGUCCAGUCACAAUGCCAAUCUGCCUUUUGAGGCAAAUGGUGACGGUUUAUUUUCACUAUGUGCUCGAUUUCUUUGUAACAAGUCAACCAUUACUUGAGCAAAAUUUACAUGUGCACACGC